GACAAUUCUUAGGCCCACAUCUGAAAAGAAUGAAAGAGGAGAAUACGGGGAGAUCCGCAACAUAGACGCUAUCUGACAACGGCAGCUUCCGCCAUGGACGGCGUUGCAGCGGCGGCGGCUCUUAGGUCAGUCCUUCACCGCGUAAAGCAAGCAGCCGAAAGAUCCUCUCGUGCUUCUGAUCGGAUCAGAGUCGUCGCCGUAAGUAAAACUAAGCCCGUAUCACUCCUCCGCGAAGUAUACGAUGCCGGUCACCGUUCUUUUGGUGAGAACUACGUCCAGGAAAUCAUCGAGAAAGCACCUCAGCUUCCUGAAGAUAGGUGGCAUUUUAUUGGGAAUUUACAGAGCAAUAAAGUGAAACCUCUAUUGACUGGGGUACCAAAUCUUGUUAUGGUGGAGACUGUAGAUGAUGAGAAGAUUGCAAAUAAUCUUGAUCGGGUUAUCGGAAACAUUGGCAGGAAACCUUUGAAGGUGUUGGUCCAGGUGAAUACAAGUGGAGAAACAUCAAAAUUUGGAGUUGACCCUGAUGGGUGCUUGGAGCUUGUGAAACAUGUUACUUCAAGCUGCCCAAACCUCGAGUUUUGUGGCUUAAUGACAAUUGGGAUGCCUGAUUAUUCUUCAACUCCAGAGAACUUCAAGACAUUAGCCAAGUGUAGAACCGAGGUAUGCAACGCACUUGGAAUACCCGAGGAGCAAUGUGAACUGUCAAUGGGCAUGUCUGGUGACUUUGAGUUGGCUAUUGAAAUGGGCAGCACCAAUGUGAGAAUUGGAUCCACCAUUUUUGGAGCAAGGGAAUACCCUAAAAAGCAAUGAACGAAAAAUCAGUUUUCGUGUCAUCGAUUCAAUCUUCAAACAUAUGAAAUUAUGAAUAAGCCUGAAGAGACGGAAUAUGCUAUUCUGCACCCUCACAGUUGAGAGGUGUGUGCGGGUUCUUAAGCCAAAAUCAUCGUGGCUUAUGGAAACCACUAAUUGUGAUUGUGUUGUUUGAAACUGUCGGGUUUUUGUGUGAUUUUUUACCGCAAUGGUAAUAAAUGAAACAUAAAGAUCAUUUGAAGGUAUGAUAAAUUGCAGGAAAGUUAUGUC